AUGGAGGCGGAUCGACACGGGUGCGAGCUCGACAUGGGCAAGGCGCCGACGCCCCCGAAAGCGACGCCUACGAACUCACGAGGACAGGUUGCUUUUUGGCCGGUGGAGGAACUCGAUACCUUCGAAGGAGAAGCGCUCCCGAACGGAAGUCCGCUGGUGCUGCCCCCGAACGCGAUGGAGUUUGGCAAGGAUUACACGUUCACGCUGAACUCGCGGAAGUCGCUUCGGGAGAGUUUGCCUGACAUGGGGAUACUCACCACGGGACCGGGGUGCCCUUUCGCGAACAUCGAGCCGAUGAAUUCGCGCGUCAACGCGCAGUAUUUGUUCCGGAUUUACGGAUCCGGCUCGAGCAAUCGUGGACGCGUGCAAUUCCGGUGGACGAUGGCGGACACUCUGCCCAUCUCCGCUUCCGCGGAGUGGUCGAAGGAAAUCUCCACGGACUGGCUCGACAAGUCGUAUUUCUCCCUCGCGAAGAACACGUUGGUUCCCGGACGCGAGUACGUCCUCACGUUGUACGUCCGCCUCGUGAACGACAAAAACGGAUGCCAAGGCAAAGCUCAGAGGCUCAUCACCGUGAACGCUCCGCCGCGCGCGCUCGACGGCGUCUCGUUCGAGCCACCCGAGGGCGGCGUCGAGUUCCAGACGAAGUUCACCGUCGACUGCGGGCAGUGGAUCGACACGGACGAGAGCCUGGACUACAGACUCGGGUUCUGGUACAACUUUGACGCGUACAACGCGCGAUGGGCGUGGCUGAGCGACUUGCAGUACGGAGACGCCCUCUUCGAGGAUGUCCUGUUGCCUCACAGCGGCGAGAAGGGAGGCGGUACGAAAAUACGUUGCGUCGCGUUUGACGACGACGGCGCGUUCGGGUACUCGGAGACGAUCGUCCCGGUCGCGGCCGCGGCGGACGUCCACGCGGUGAUCGAUAAGGUAUUCGUCCAAGGCGACCAUCGCGAGUACGUUCGCGUCUUCCCCGCGGCGCUUCGACGGCUGCAGCAGGUGGACAAGGAAAAGUACGCAAAGUUAGGCCUCUCUUUGUCCUCCUCUGGUGGCGGCGUCUCUUCAUCGAUAACGCGAAGAAAGCUCCUCUCGGAGAGUGAUUUCGGCGCGGAGCUCAAGAAAGCGACCGACGCCAUCGUCCGCAUCACGAGCGAGACGUCGAACCCGUCCGUCGAGGUGCGAGACGCCGCGCUCGAUCUGUUUGAGACGUACGUCGCCACGAAGCGCAUGAUCGACCCGAACGACGAGCAUCCCGAGGCGUUGCCGAUGUCGAACAUCACCGCGAUCAUGGCGCGCAUCGCGCACGACUGGCCGGACGACGAGCGCGCGGUCGCGACGAUGCCCGGAGGCGACGACAUCGGCGCGUGGUCCAGACUCACGAACGCGUACGGCGUCGCCGCGAGAUUCCGCGGCUAUGAAAAGUCCGGCGCGGCGUCGGCGAGGAUUUUGCGCGGCGCCGCCGCCGCGGCUGCCGCGCGCGAGGAGACGUGCAACGCACCCGUCACCGUUCGCGCAAUCGAAACAGACGCCGAACCGCGCGCGCGGCUGUACACGCGCGCGACGUACUCGGGAACCCCCGCGGGGUUUCACGCCGCGAUGAACGACGCGGCGAACCCGUGGCCAGCGGAGGUUCCGAAAUUCAGCGUCGUCGGCGCGAUUCACGCGAGCGGAGAGACGCACGAGACGGUGACGAAGAUCAAGUCCGAUCGAUGCGCGACGUUUAGCGCGGGCGCGAUACCGUCGACCGCGUUUUCGUCGUGCGCCGACGACUCGGACCGCGACUCGGACUCGUGCGGGCUGCCGAUCAUCGCGAGCGACGUCGUCGCGUCGUUCGCCGUCGUGGACGAGUUCUACGGGCAAAUCGACGCGCUCGACAGCCUCCGCGUCCGCGUGACGCUCACGUCGCGUCUCGGCGCGGUGACGCGCGACGGCGCGACGCACGCGAGUAAAGUCCCGGCGACGCACGCGAAGCGUCUCUACUGCGCGACGCUCAAUACCGUCUCCGCGGAUGGCGCCGGGUCGCUCGCGGAGAAGGACGUCGCGUGGAGGACACGCGACGACGCCGGCUGCGAGAUCACGUCUCUCGGCGGCGACGCGUACGCGUGCGAAUGCUCGAAGCUCGGCGCGGUGACGCUCGCGGUCGCGGGGCCGUGGAACGCGGAGGAGUGGGGGGAAACGACGAAAGAGACGACGAAGGAGACGACGACGACGACGGCGACGACGGCGAAGAGCGAGGGUGAAAACGUGCGAGGGUCGACGCCCGCGCCCGCGGCGCCCGAGGCGCCUUCAUCACCGGUCUCAUCGGCUUCUACUGCGGUGUCAUCGGAGCAUCCUGUGUCACCGGGUCCGGUUUCUCCUCUUCCCGUGCCUUCGACUCCGGCGGACGCGGUGACGUCGACGACCGUCACGGCGACGUACGCGAUCACGGGCAUGUCCGCGGCGAAGGCGGAGGCGCAACUGAAUUUCGUCGAAAACGUCGUGAAGUCGCGCCUGAGCCGCGGGAUCAAAUUCCAUUCGCUCGCGCCGUCGCGCGUCUCCGCGGAGAAGAGCGCGGACGGCACGUCCGCGACGCUCGUGCUGAGAUUCACCGGGUUCGUCGGGAAGGACCCGAGAGGCGUGAAGAGGUUUUCGCAGAUGGCCGCGGGACCGCGUACGAUGCGGGCGGUGAACGUGAUCAUGAAAAAGCGCGGGACGCUCGUCGUCUCCGCGAAUUACAAAACCGAUUCCGUCAUCUCCUGGAGCGACGGGCACGUGAAGGCGCUCAGAGGACGCAUCGGGGGGUUGAUUAAAAAGGCGAAAUCGGCCGCCGCGGCCGGCAACCAAGCCGCGCGAGCCAAUUUCGCCCGCGGGAUCGCGUACUUCAAGCGUCUGCUCAACGGACCGCCGACGGCGACGACCGCGUCGCUCGGCGGUCGCCUCGCGGCGCCCGAGCACGACGCCGCGACGCUUCCGGCGGUAGUCGCGGCGGUAGUCGCGACCGUCGUCGCCGCGGCUGCGCUCUUCGUAGUGACGCGUACGAGGCGCGGGCACGCGGGCGGAAGACGCGGCGGCGGCGGCGCGGAUGAAAAAACCGCGUUUGUCGCCGCGGCGAACGACUACGGCGCGUCCGGGUCGUGGGCGUGA